AGAAAGUUGAUGGUGAGACGGGGACGUCUUUUUUAUUCCGGACCACGUUUAAAGUGAGGUAUUUUGAACUCAUCAAGACAACACAGUUAACGUGCGACGUUUGCGUGUGUCGUAAGAAACACGAGGGAGAGUCCAAAGUUGGACCUGCUUUCAUCUGUUAAAUAGGCUAGUAUUUUCAUCAAGACUACAAAGAGGGGUUUACAAUCUCUCACAACUUUUCGGCUUUCCCUUUUCGGCUUGUUGGACUGGAUAUUAUUUACUUUGGGAGUUGUUUUGUGAAACGGAUUCGGAGGGGUGCUCUCUAGACACUCUUUAGGCUACUCGUCUCGAAACUCAUUUGGAAACGUGCCUCUCAUAACGAAAUCACUCACAUAUGAUACGCUAGCGGAACGUUUAUUGAGGGAAUUUAAAUUUUCUGCCCGAGAUCAGUUGGAAACUAUAAAAGACAAACUGUUUGAGGACGAUUUUCUUCAGAGUUUUCUCCUUAUUGUAAACGAAGUAUAUCAGCGAGGAUACGAAAGCUGUUGGAACUAUGCCUCAAAAAGGGAUAUUUUAAUAGAGUGAAGCAGAUGAGAGUCUAUAAAUUGUUUUAAGCGGACAGUCAACUCUGUUUCCAGAAUACUAUAACCGGGCCACGUGGGAGUCUGGCGUCGCGUCCAUGAUGCAAAACAAGGUGUAUGACAUCUGUAACGAAGGUCACAGUGGAGUGAACCAACUCGGCGGUGUGUUCGUCAACGGCAGACCGCUGCCCGACUCCACGAGACAGAAAAUAGUUGAACUCGCUCACAGUGGCGCGCGGCCGUGUGACAUAUCCCGAAUUCUGCAGACCCAUGCUGAUGCAAAAGUCCAAGUGCUGGACAAUGAAAACGUGUCGAACGGCUGUGUGAGUAAAAUCUUGGGUAGAUACUAUGAAACAGGCUCCAUCAGACCAAGGGCGAUCGGAGGAAGUAAACCACGAGUAGCGACUCCCGAGGUGGUCGGCAAAAUUGCCCAGUACAAGAGGGAGUGUCCGUCAAUCUUCGCGUGGGAAAUCCGAGACAGGCUGCUAUCAGAGGGGGUCUGCACAAACGACAAUAUACCAAGUGUGUCAUCGAUAAACAGAGUACUGCGCAACCUGGCUAGCGAAAAGCAACAGAUGGGCGCAGAUGGCAUGUAUGAAAAGCUGAGGAUGCUGAACGGUCAGACCGGCACGUGGGGGACCCGGCCGGGCUGGUACCCCGGAACCUCAGUGCCAGGACAGCCCAAUCAAGAUGGCUGCCAACAGUCAGACGGAGGCGGUGAGAACACAAACUCAAUAAGCUCCAAUGGGGAGGACUCGGAUGAAACACAAAUGAGGCUUCAGCUAAAAAGAAAACUGCAAAGGAAUCGCACAUCUUUCACACAAGAACAAAUAGAAGCACUUGAAAAAGAAUUUGAGAGAACGCACUAUCCUGACGUGUUCGCGCGAGAGAGACUUGCUGCGAAAAUAGAUUUACCAGAAGCAAGAAUACAGGUGUGGUUCUCAAACAGAAGAGCAAAAUGGAGGAGAGAAGAAAAGUUAAGAAAUCAAAGAAGACAAGCCAGCAACUCUUCGAGUCACAUACCCAUCAGUAGCAGCUUCAGCACUAGCGUUUAUCAGCCAAUCCCUCAGCCCACAACGCCAGUAUCCUUCACAUCAGGCUCCAUGUUGGGAAGAUCAGACACAGCCCUUACAAACACAUACAGCGCCCUGCCACCAAUGCCAAGCUUCACCAUGGCCAACAACCUUCCUAUGCAACCCAGCCAGACCUCAUCCUACUCCUGCAUGUUGCCCACUAGUCCUUCGGUGAAUGGGCGGAGCUAUGACACAUACACACCACCGCACAUGCAGGCACAUAUGAACAGCCAAUCAAUGGCCACCUCAGGCACAACCUCAACGGGUCUAAUCUCGCCUGGGGUGUCUGUACCAGUCCAAGUGCCAGGCAGUGAACCAGACAUGUCCCAAUACUGGCCAAGACUACAGUGAGAACAAGACGCACAAGAACAAAAAAGAAAACAGAGGAGAGGAUAAAAGAGAGGAGCUCCUUCAUCUCCUGACGUCUCUCGGCUUCAAG